UAAAUUUGACAAACAUAUUCAUUGCGCUAUCCGAUCAUAUUAUUAUUUGUUUUUAAUUCGUCGUCGUCGUCGAGGUGUCGCGCGGUGUCUCAAUUUACACACCACUCGUACUCGCGCACACCCAUACAUACACGUUUACACACCGAAAGACACACGCACGCGCGCGCGCGCUGUUUCGUUUGAUCGCGGCCCCGUAGAAACCCGUUUACGAUGUAUAUCAAUCGACCCGCCCGCUUUUCCCUCACAGACACAUGCACACGCUGAGUUUGUAAGGACGAGAGACGAGAGGAAGCAGCAUCAUCAGCGGUAGUGGUAGCAGCAGACGGACACAGCAUAAGAAAUUUGCUAAGCAUAGGAAGAAUAUGAUGAAGAAGUAGCAGCAGCAGCAGCAGCAGCAGCAGCAACAGCAACGGCGGCAGAUCUGCACACCUGACCGUAACCCAUUAUCCUGUGAGGAUAGUCCAUUGAACGUUUGUGGUGAAGCGCGUGGACGGUGCGUGUAGUACCCCAGUGCCCAGUCGGGGUUGAACAUUCUUUCGGCCGCUGCUGACAAAUAGAGAAAGCCCAGUAUACGCGGUGGUUACGCGGAACGCGCGCAACGGAAACAAGGCAAGUCAAGAACGCAGUGAAAAAUCCUCUCCGAAGAGAUUGGGAGCGCGAGGAACGCAUCGCAGGCGAAUAGACUCGACGACAGCUGCCAGUGUCGCCAGUGCCAGUGUCAGCCAACCAACCCCACCAACCAACCAACUAACCAACGAACCAACCAACCAACCACUCUCAACCAAUCAACCGACCAACCAACCACCCAAGCAGUUGGCAGCCAGCUAGGGCACAGGGCCGCAACAAGAGUGUGCCAGGCCAGCAGCAGCAGGCAGCCAAGCCAAACGGGUCGCAGCUCGCGCACAUCGGGAAACAGUGGUGAACGCCGCAAGAGGUGCCCAGCUCUGGACAGCGCACGGUGGGUCCGUCGAGUUGAACGCGGGUUGCAGCAGGAGAGCGGCCCCUUUUUUUCCGGUGCUGGCUACCCGAGCGGUGGCUACCCACCGUGUCUUUCCCUAGCGCCCUCGCCCGCCCGCGCCAAGCGCCAGCUCGUGUUGUCUGCGCCAACAAGCGCCUAGCAUAUCACAAACAACACAGCGUGUGACGUAAGCGGCGGACUACCAGUAGUGAGCAAUCGCGCGCGCGCCCGCCCGCCCGCCCCCCACCGAGGACGGCGUGAUUCGCGGUUUCGGAAAGAAAGGUGGCACGCAACGGUGACAAUGACAACACGGCCACUACAUCAUCUACAAUAACAACAGGAACGGCGGAUCCACGGCGGCGUGUAACGCGUGGCCACAAGACGGGCGCCUUCUAGCUGACUGUGCAGCAACCAGCGGUUCGGCGUGCGGCCAAAGGAGUAUCCCCGGUCGGUCGGCCACCCGCCUGUUCGGCCCUCCCCUCCCCCCCCGGCCACGAGAUGGUGCCGCGGGAGCUUCCCGCGGAGUAGGAACGCGCAAACACAUAUAGCAUAUCCGUUCCGAACCCGUUCCGAUCCGAGCCAAAAAGGGGGAACGGAAGUGUUGCAGCGGUGCCAGCGGCCAUUCGAGUGGAGUGAACGGGUGAUGCAGAAGUGAAAAUCCCGGUGUACAUCCCGGUGCCCUGACACCUGCCUCUUCCACACUUUUCCGCGCGUACUUUCCGCCGUGUCCAGCUCCCCAGUGAGACUGGGCAGCGUGCGGGAGAGGCAGGAACAACCUCCAACAAUCAACCUCUAUUAACAACACCUGCGCGCGCGCGCGUGUGUGUGUGUGCGUUGUUUGUGCGUGCGUGCGUGCGUUGUGUUAUUUUUUUUUUGGGCGAAAGUAGCGUGGCUAGCUCGUCGUAUGCCAACAAAUAGGCGAAUCCUGUGGGCUUUGUGCGGAAAAUCGUGGGCGCAUUUGUGUAUGUGUGUGUGUGCGUGUGUGCGUGGGCAGGUAUAGCGAGUGUGCUUGUGGUCUAGCGCCUUCUCUGCAAAAUCUCCCUCGCCUCCCCAUCCCUCUCACAGAGGGAAGUGCAUCCGUUCGUCCGUUCGAGAGGCACACCGGUGUGCACGUUCCCGCCGUAUACCCGCCGUGUUCCCGUGUCGUGCUGUGUCGUACAGGCGCUGUGAGCGCGUGUUUGCGCGCGUGAGUUGGUAUAGGAGAAGCGGUGCGGCUGGCUCGCCGUUCGAUAUCCGAAAAGGGCCAUCGGGCCGAUUGGGCUCCUUCCCUCAGCCCUUGGAGCCCCUGGGAAUACAAAACGGUGCGUGAAGUGCGUGCCUACACCACGGGGUUGUCCUUUAUGCGUCGCGUUCGUGUGUGUAUGUGUGUGGGCUAGGGUCUGUAAUCCGUGCACCCCGAGAGGCACCAGUGUAUACUCGGUGAGAGCGUGCCCGCGUGCCCGCGUGCCCCCGUGCGCGUUUCUGUUACUGUGUGCAAAUCAAACCAGCUGUCCAUCGGCCACCUGCCGACUACACCAUUGAUCUGCGUGCGUCUGCUCCUCU